GUCGAUUUGGCCAGGUUUGGGUAGGUCCCAGCGGGAUGAUCGCUUUCGCUGCUGAGUUGUUGGGCACUGCGCGGAAGGCCCGCCUGGAGAAGAAGCAGCAAAAGCUCCUGCAGCAUGAGGAAUGGCUCCGAGCUGAGAAGCAGAAGUGGGAUGACGCAGGUUCUCUGUACGACGGCGCGCUGAGAAGAGCCCGCUGCCUGCGCCUCCAAUAUGAAGAGAAGAUGAACUUCACGUUUCCAUAG